AACGGUGCGUAAAUUGAUUGAUCUCUUGGCGUUACAUUUUGCUUAAACAAGUAAAGCAGAGGGUGAAACACACGUCGAUUUGCUAUGUAAAUGAACGUUAAAAGUAAAGUGAUAUUUCUACGCAUUUACUUAUCGGAAAGGCGAGGACAACAGGAACAAUGAAUCACGAAGAGUAUCCCAGUGAUAGUGACGCAAGCGACGAGGACUUCCGCCCCGACAUCGUGGAAUCGGAUUCUGAUAGUAUAUUGGACGAGGAAGACAAAGAUCCUCCGUUGGGCGAAUCAACAGGAGACACGAAAGGUUGCAAGCGCAAGCGGAAGCUGCCCACAGAUGGUGUUAAGAAAAAAUGUAAAGCAUCGAAAGUGAAUCCUCUGGAAGCUGUGCGGGAGGAUGUCGAGGACAGCAAAGAACUUGAUGAGGAAGAAGAAAAACGACGAACUGAUGCACUAUGGGCAGAUUUUCUUGGUGGCAGCAGUAGUAACGCAAAAGAAACUAAAGCAACCGACGCCGUUGGUGCAUCCAAGAGCGCUACUAGCAAAAGCCAAACUGUGGCAGCGAAGAACGCAGAAUCAGCUGCAUUCUGCAAAAAAACGGCUGACAACAAGAGUCCAACCGUUGAACAGAUUUUCGAGUUUGCUGGAGAACGAGUAGAAGUACCUCACGAGGAAAGCCGUGCCCAGGAAAAAGAUUCAGCAAGCUCUAUAUCUCCUCCACCUAAAACAACGAAAGGAUUACCCCUGCGCGGUACCGGGCUUGCCUCAGUAUUAAACGUGAUUGGCAAGAAAAACAAAUUAAGUACUUUGGAGAAAACUAAACUGGACUGGAAUCGAUUCAAGCGCCACGAAGGAAUCGAUGAAGAGCUGCAGACUCAUAAUAAGGGAAAGGAUGGGUUUCUUGAGAGGCGUGAUUUCCUGGAGCGGACAGAUGUACGACAGUUUGAAAUCGAAAAAUCAUUUCGGCAAACCAAACGAAGUAACAGAUAAUGCUCCGCGGUUUCGAUUCCAAUCCACAGAAAUGUUGGCAAAGGUUUUCUUGCCACCGAAAAAUACUGUAUUACAGAAAAGUCUUUUCUUUCCGUAAUAUCUCGCCUACUAUGGUAAUUAAAUAUGAAAGAAUGGUUAAUCAUCAAUUAUCUUGAAGCAGUAUAUGCUCAUGUAUAAGAUAAAUAAAUAUGUAAAACAUAACCGAAGUGUGCACAACAACAACAAUCAACGCAAACAAUGCUGCAUUAACCAUUCGAAUAUUGUAUGAAUAUCAUUGAGCGUAUAAAGAAAAUCAUUCAU